AUGGGCAGAGCGCUGUUCAUCAUCGACAAUCCAGGAAAACUCCUGGACUUCUACGAUCUUGACAAGAAGAAACUGGGUGAGGGGUCCUAUGGCUAUGUCUGCAAGGGCAAGAACAAGGCCACAAAUGCCAUCCGAGCAGUGAAAACAAUUGCCAAGGGCAAGAUGAAAAACAUUGAGCGCUUCAAGCAAGAAAUCGCCAUUAUGAAGAUGAUGGACCAUCCGAACAUCAUCAAGCUGUAUGAAAGCUUUGAGGAUUUGAGGAACAUCUACCUGGUCAUGGAGCUUUGCUCAGGGGGUGAGCUCUUCGACCGCAUCAUCGAUGCUGGCAGCUUCACAGAGGUGGUUGCGGCAAUCCUCAUGCAGCAGAUCAUCCGUGCAGUGUACUAUAUGCAUCAGAACAACGUCCUGAAUUUCAUGACGACUUUGAAGAGCCACAUGAACACGACGACCUUGUCCAAAGAGGUGAGCUUGGCAUAG